AUGGAUGGACCUGGAGCUUUACAUGUUAUGAUAUGGUGUGCAAUCUGGUCCAUCUCAGGUCCUCGGAUUUUCUUUGACGGAAAGUUAUUUGGACUAUUAAUUGUCCUUUAUAGUUCCAUAAUGGGGGGCAAACUUUUGGAACUCAUUAGAAUACCAUCAGUGCCUCAACUUCCACCUCUUCUUGGGAUGUUACUGGCUGGUUUUACCAUCAGAAAUGUUCCAUUACUCAGUGAGUUUGUCCAUAUUAGUAACGAGUGGUCUUCAACUUUAAGAAACACUGCCCUUACUCUUAUCCUAAUGAAAGCUGGACUUGGACUCGAUCCACAGGUUUUGAAUCGUUUGAAGAAAGUUUGUUUAAGAUUGUCUGUGGGUCCAUGCCUCAUGGAAGCAUGCUCAGCUGCUGUUAUUUCCCACUUCCUUAUGAAUUUUCCCUGGCAAUGGGGAUUUCUGUUAGGUUUUGUACUAGGUGCUGUCUCUCCUGCUAUAGUCGUCCCUUCCAUGCUACUCUUGCAAGAAAAUGGGUAUGGUAUUGAGAAAGGCAUUCCAACCUUACUAACAGCUGCUAGCAGUUUGGAUGAUAUUCUGGCUAUCACUGGAUUCAGUACAUGUAUGAGCAUAGUCUUUGCCACAGGUGGUAUACUUAAUACUGUUGCAAUCUCUUUUCGGAAUGUACUUAUUGGUGUGCUGAUAGGAACAAUUUUGGGAAUUUUUGUUCGCUAUUUUCCAAGUGGAGAUCAGACUCAUCUUCCAUUGAAGAGAGCAGUCCUCAUUUUUAGUAUGUGUGUUACUGCUGUCUUAGGCAGUAGUCAUCUUGGUAUACAUGGAGCUGGAGGAUUAUGCACACUAAUGCUGACUGUCAUUGGAGGAAUGAAUUGGUCCAAUGGAAAGAUUGGAGUCCAAGAAAUAAUUACAAUUGCAUGGGAUGUUUUUCAACCCCUUCUUUUUGGUUUGGUUGGAUUGGAGGUAUCUGUUGCAUCUCUUAAGUCAAAUGCUAUUGGCAUUUGUGUUGCUACCAUGAGUUUGGCAUUAUUGGUUCGAAUUUCUUUUACAUUUCUAUUGAUGUCUUUUGCUGGUUUUAAUUUUAAGGAGAAAAUAUUUAUUGCUCUAGCAUGGAUGCCCAAAGCUACAGUCCAGGCUGUAUUAGGUCCGCUGGCGCUAGAAACAGCAAAGGCAAGCGCCCCCGACUUGGAACCAUAUUCGAUGGAUGUGAUGACAACGGCAUUUGUGGCCAUCUUGAUUACAGCCCCAAAUGGAGCUCUAAUUAUUAACAUACUGGGGCCCAAAUUACUUAAACGCCGUGAUCCAAACAAAAUAAAACUGGAAUUAACAAGCUUAGAACUUCCUUAA